GCCAGCAGCUAGCGCCUGUUUACCUCCACCUCAGCUCUAUUCCCGUGGCUCUGGCGGCGCAGUCAGACCCCACCAUGCCCGUACUCCCCUCCAGCUACCACCCACACGUCUCCCGGGCCCCAAAACCUACCCAAAACCCCCCGCAGGACGCACCGGUGACGCGCGGUACAGUACAGAAGACAAUAGCAGGGGCGCACGACUGAACGUCUUUGACCGAGCACCACAGCCUAAUCUCCGGAUGAGAGUGGCUCCUGAAGCGUCCCCCUGCUGCUAAACCCCGAGCUGGAGGAUUAGCAGAACAAAAAGUACCAGAAAUUCGUAGAAAUAAUAAAUAAAAAUGAAAUUCACGGAGCAUCUCGCCGCGCACAUCACCCCGGAGUGGAGGAAGCAAUACAUCCAAUAUGAGGCUUUCAAAGAAAUGCUGUAUGCUGCUCAAGACCAGGCCCCGUCCGUUGAAGUCACAGAUGAAGACGCAGUUAAAAGGCACUACGCCAAGUUUGAAGAGUUGUUUUUCCAAAGGUGUGAGAAGGAGCUGGCCAAGAUCAACACCUUCUACUCUGAGAAGUUGGCCGAGGCCCAGCGGCGCUUUGCCACCCUGCAGAACGAGCUGCAGUCUUCUCUGGACGCGCAGAGGGAGAGCGCCGCCAUCGGGCUCCGCCGCCGGAAGACCGUGUUCGCUCUGUCCCAGAAGGAGAGGUGCAAACACAGGAACAUCAAGGACCUGCAGCUGGCCUUCUCCGAGUUCUACCUCAGCCUCAUCCUGCUGCAGAACUACCAGAACCUGAACUUCACAGGCUUCAGGAAGAUCCUCAAGAAACAUGACAAGAUCCUGGAGACGUCUCGAGGAGCAGACUGGAGGGUGGCUCAUGUGGAGGUGGCUCCUUUCUACACCUGCAAAAAGAUCACACAGCUCAUCUCCGAGACCGAGGCACUGGUCACUACAGAGCUGGAAGGUGGUGACCGACAGAAGGCCAUGAAGAGGCUGAGAGUCCCUCCUCUGGGAGCGGCGCAGCCUGCUCCUGCUUGGACCACCUUCAGAGUGGGGCUGUACUGUGGUGUUUUCCUUGUGUUAGUGGUCACUGUGGUUAUAGCAGGGGCUGUGCAGAGUGGUAGUAAUGAUGUUUGGCCCAUGAUCCGUAUCUACAGAGGAGGCUUUCUUUUAAUAGAAUUUCUAUUUCUUUUAGGCAUUAACACGUACGGCUGGAGACAGGCUGGAGUGAACCACGUGCUGAUUUUUGAGCUCAACCCCAGGAACAACCUUUCUCACCAGCAUCUGUUUGAGAUCGCCGGUCUGCUGGGCGUGCUGUGGUGCGUGAGCCUGCUCUCCUGCAUCUUCUGUGAAAAUCUGCUGGUGCCCAUGCAGGUCAACCCUCUGGCCCUCUACGGCUUCUUCCUCCUCUUCCUCAUCAACCCCUUCAAGACCUGCUACUACAAGUCCCGCUUCUGGCUCCUCAAGCUCCUGUUUCGAGUGGUCACCGCCCCCUUCCACCGUGUGGGCUUCGCAGACUUCUGGCUGGCCGAUCAGCUCAACUCUCUGGGGGUAGUUCUCAUGGAUCUGGAGUACAUGAUCUGCUUCUACAGCUUUGAACUGGACUGGAAGAAAAGGAACGGUCUCAUCAGCGGAGCAGGAGACGUGUGCAACUCUUACUCGUACGGUGUCCGGGCAGUGAUCCAGAUCCUGCCGGCCUGGUUCAGGUUUGUGCAGUGUCUGAGGCGUUACCGUGACACCAAACGGGCCUUCCCCCACCUCGUCAACGCCGGCAAAUACUCCACCACCUUCUUCGUGGUCACCUUCGCCGCCCUCUACAGCACGCACAAAGAAGAAAAGCCAGAGGAGGCGCAGGUCUUCUUCUACCUGCACAUCACGUGCCUGGUGAUCAGCUCUCUGUACACUCUCAUCUGGGACCUGAAGAUGGACUGGGGCCUGUUCGACCGCAACGCAGGAGAGAACACUUUUCUGAGGGAGGAGAUCGUUUACCCACACAAGGCGUAUUACUACAGUGCCAUCGUGGAGGACGUCCUGCUGCGCUUCUCAUGGACACUGACUAUCACCCUCAGCACUCUCACCAAAAUAAACGGGAUUAAAGACAUUCUGACCACCAUCUUAGCCCCAAUGGAGGUGUUCAGGCGUUUUGUGUGGAAUUUCUUCCGUCUGGAGAACGAGCACCUGAAUAACUGUGGAGAGUUCAGGGCGGUGCGGGACAUCAGCGUGGCUCCUCUGAACGCAGAUGACCAGACGCUGCUGGAGCAGAUGAUGGACCAGGAGGACGGAGUGAGGAACCGCCAGGGCAAGAAGAGCUGGAAGAGGAGCUACAGCAUGAGCCUGCGCAGGCCCAGGCUCGCCUCACAGUCUAAGACUCGUGACACCAAAGUCCUGAUCGACGACACGGACGAUGACUCCUGACAUCAGGCCAUGCCCCUCGCCUGGGUCCAAAACCUCUUCAAAGGAGGGAACGCCUCUUCCUCCUCAUAACUGCGACUCCCCGGGCGGGCUGGGCGUUAGAUCAGCCUUUUGCAGACUCUGACGUGAACGAAAACACUCUUCUUCUACCGCCAAUGCUGGUGUGCGGCUCUGAAGCUCCCUGCAGGCGGCCACGACACUCCGGAUACUUCUGAAUAGACCAGGAGUUUGAAUCUUUAAGAGCAACGAGAGGAGAAAAUGACCUCCGCACAGUUGCUUUUGAACAAGGCAGCGAAGAGGAACUAACUCAAACUAGCUCAGCGCAACACAAAACUGAGAAUUAAAGAAUAGAACGGACAGAUGUUGAAAAUCUGCCAGCUGCUUUUAGUCUCAGCAAACCAGGUUCAAAGUGGCCCUCAAUAGUCACUACAGAAAAUACGGAAAAUGCAACAGCGAGUAAACAAAAGCUGUAGAUUUGUUUUUUUUAUUUUUAAAAGCAUUCCGACUUUAUGGAAAUUUAGGGAAAAUUUUUCUCAUUUUUUGCAGCAAUUUUUUCAUCAGAUUUGCCAUUUUUAAUUGUGUUUACACGUAAGCAAUACACUGUAAUCUGUAAGUAAAAGUCGUUUUCAGUCUAAAAAGUCGAACAUUUUGUAAUUUAGUAAUUUAUUUUUCCUACUACUGUCUUAAAACUUAAAUUCUGUAGUAGAUUUGUAUCACUUUAGUUCACUAUAUGUGAUGUAAAAUGCUUGAAAGUAUUUGAAACUACACUGAAGUUUGGGCUUGACGCUUCACACGUUGUCAUUUUUCUGUUUUUUAUAGUGACCUUUCAGGGCCACCGUAGAGUAAGCUCAUCGAGAGGCCUUUAUAAUCAGUUUGGCACCUUGGACAUUAUUCAUGGACCUCAGACUUAAUAGAAAUCCACUUGUUUUUCAUCUAUAGCCAUUGGACUACAUCUGGGCAAGCUCAGAAACUACAAAUAUGGCUCCCAAUCACCACAGCGCUGCCUACCUGCACCUUACGUACUCGCUUUUACAAAAACGUCAACAAAAACAUCGCACUUUGCCGGACAAGUGGAGCAGGACGCCAAUUAUUGGACGAUUUUUCUUUUCAAAUUUUUACAUCAAGUAAGCGGGUUCUGAUUAAUAGCUGUAAAUAUUUGACGGACCAAACGCAGGCAACUAGAAUUUUCCCCAAAACAUUAAGUCAAGUGAAGUGCUUAUUUCAAACGCGCAAGAAGGAUUUUUGCGUAAUAUAUUUUUUGGACAAUUUGAGGAUGGAAAGCCCAUUGUUAGCUACUACUCCAUAGUCAACCUCUGCAAUGGUUGGACACUGAAUGUAUGCCAACUUAUUUAUGUGCGAAUGGGAAAAAAACGAAGCAAUGACUCUUGAAAAAUGCUUGAAAAUGUUCCAGUUUUUUGUCUUUUCGUCGAUUCAGAAGGAUCUACUUUAUUGUGAAACAGGUGAUUGCUUAAAGGACUUGUGUGGAUGUCUUGCGUUAAAGGGCCUGUAUUGCGCUACUUCCUGAUCUGUUAUCUGUUACAAUGUAGUUUCCUCAUCAAAAACAAACCCGGAGUCUCACAAAUCCUGCAUAUUUAGGCUGAGUUCUUCUCUCAAACAGAAAAACAGGGUUCCACCCUGUAAUGUCAUGUGGUAAUACAGUGUUUUUAAACUUUAAACUAGACUCAUUUGGAUGAUUUAAGCCCUAAACUUGCCAGUCUCUAAUGAGCAAAAGGUGAAGGGCAGCUGUUAACUCAGAAACUACCACUACAUGACAUCACAAGGUGGCAUUUUAAGUUUUGGAGAUGUAAAGAAGGAUUACUUAAACAUGUGGAUGAAGCAAAACACAACUCCAGGUCUGUUUUUCUGGAGGUAAUUACAUUAUAACACAAACCUCACAAGAGUCAGUUUUGUGUAGUAUAGGGCCUCUGAGUUUGGUGUUGUUGCCGUGCAUUGGAGGAGAAUUUCCAUAUUUUUUAUAUUUAUGCAUUUUACAAUAGCCAUACUUUUACAAAUCACAUUCAUAAAAGGUCAUUCAGUCUUUGUUACUGCAUUCACAAAAGUUGCAAUACACACGUUUUGUUACACUUUCUGUCACAGAGUUUAUAAAGCUGUCUGUGUAGUGAGUUUAGGAUAUUUAAAAAGUUUUACUAAUUGAUAAGUUAAUUCAAUUAGAAUGUUAGAGUGUUAAUGUUUUAUUUUUAAGUUUUAAAAUAUAAUUUUGAAUAUCAGGCUUAAAGACACUGUACCUGAAUUUUACCGUUUCAAAAACUUAAACUUAAAACUUAAAAACAGAAAUACUUUUCAGGAACCAGAGGUGGCUUUUGCUGUCAAGUUUAUGCUAAAAACAAACAGCAUGCUAAUGUGCACUUCCUGAUUCUUAGAUCACCCUAAAAACGCUUUAUAAUUGGACGCAGCACACAGCACUUAUCUUGCUCUCAAGAGCAGCUUAUACAGUAUAUAUGAACUGAGGCAAAUUUUGCUCAAAAAUGUUGAAAAUUUUUUUUAAAAAUAGGGUACGCGGUCUUUAACUAAAAAUCUUAUGAAAUUAUUUAUCUUUUAUUACAUUUUAAAUGGAAAAGUGUUACUAAUUGAUUGUUAAUGAAGUUAAUGUUAAUGUUAAGAGUGUUAACAUUUUAAAUAAUUUCAUUUCAAACUUUUAAAUUAAGUUUAAAAGUGUAAUUUUGAAUUCCAGCCUUAAAGGCACAGUACCUGAUUUUUACUGUCUUAAAAACAUGAAAAACAGAACAAGUUAAUUAAAAAAAAAGUUUGCAUUGGUCCGAAGUUAUUCCACACUUACCUUAUGCAUUCCGAGCAUCGUAAUUAUUCACAGAGAGACCAGAGCGGAGUUUUGUUGUCAAGGUUUUGCUAACAACCAGCAUGUUAACGUGCACUUCCUGAUUCUCAGACAAAAAUAUGCAUAUUAUAUAUUUUGACCUCAAGAGCUGCAUAAACAAUAUUUGUGUUCUGGAGCAAAAAUCGGGUUCAGCGCCCUAACUAUAGGUAUUUUAUCAAAGUAUUUCAUCUUUUAUUUUAUGAGCACUUAAUUCUAAAAUUUCCAUUUCAAGUCUUAAAUUUUACAUAAACAGUGAUUAUUUGAAAAUAUUUUUAAUUUCAUGGUUUAGGAUGAAAUCAAAUGCCACAGACGAUGAUCACCAUCUUGUCAUCAGCGUCAGGACAAAUAUAAGAUCAAAAAUAUUGUACGUUUGGGAUAUUUUUUUGAGAGUUUAUUUCCCAGAUCAAUCGGAGACACAGGGUUACAUUCUGUACGUUUUUACCUCCAUUAUUUGUAUUUCACACCACUGCAUCCAAAGACCUCAGCUGCAUCUCUCCAUACACUGCACUUUAAAUCCUUUUUUGAUUUGCGAUGGCUCAGGAUUCUGUGUUACCGGACCUUUCUAAAGCCAUCUUCUACUCAGGACAUUUCAAGCACCUUACCUUACUCAUUUUAUCAACAGACCAAAUACAUGCAACUUCACGUACUCAUGUUUUUACUGUCGAAAUAGAGGGAUGGGACACAGUGGUUUAAGAAUUUCAUUGGUGCAUAAUGUAUAACUUGACACAAAUACUUAAAGUUUUUUUUUUGUUUUCUUUUUGUGUUUUACUUACAGCAUCAUAAUAACAUGAUAAUAAAUGGAAAUACCUGUUCUCAUAUUUUCAUCAACAAAAUACACACCAUAUUUUUGUAAUUUACAGUCUUCAUAUUGAAAUAAAAAGUGAUUUCCACGAGUAAUUACCAUGUAAUUACACAUUUCAUGACCAUUUCCAUUCUAUUCCAUGCUAUUACUGUGCUGUAGAGUAAAGUGCCAUAUAUUUUUAAGCUUAAACUGACAUAACAUUUAUUCUGAACAACCAUUUUGACCGUAUCAAUGAUCAAAUCAAGGCUUUAAAGUUGCAUUAUGUCACUUUUCUAGUGCUGGUUUCCAUAGAGAUGUACCCUGCUUGCAUAUUUUCCAGUUAAAUAUGUCUCAUUGCAAAAAAAUACCUCGGAAAAACAUGUAUUUGUAUUGAAAGCGGGGGUCCCUCUCCACAGAUCUGACCUGUAACUGGGCCACGUGGUAUCACCCGCUUGUCUCCAUGGCAACAGAUAUGCUGAAUGCCAUACUGUCGAACAUUUAAGGCAAAGCAAUAACAUUUGGAGUAAGGAUGCUUUUUCAGUUUCAACAGAUAAAAGUGCAGCUUUUAUUUUCUUUUUAAAAAAAGCAAUAAGACAAAACUGAUCCAAAUGUGUUAUGUAGCUGUUAUUUAUUUUUUACGUAAUUAUCACUAAUAAAUAAAAAUAAAAACAUGAGACUUUCUGGCCCAACUACGGUCUGUGUACCAUUCGUUCUUUUGAAUUUCAAUUUUGAACGAAAAACAAUUAAAUGGGAAAACGGUUUCAGUUCAUUAUUCUGUUUUAGUGUCAAACAAAAAAUUUCGACCUCUAUUUCCAAUAUUUAAUUUAAAGUUUAUUUCAAAUAACACCAAUCAAAACAGUCUCGGUGCCUAUUUUAAUUUUAAUAUUUUAUUCUCUCUGGUUUAUUUGCCUUGGACGUUCUGCUGCAGUGUCAACCAUGGAUCUAUAAUAAAAACAAUUUUUAUCAUAGUUCUGUGGUGUCAGCUGAACAAAGUUUAGUUUAUCUCCUCGCUUUCUGUUUCUCUUUUAGUUCAACAAUGACUUUCUAAGACGCCAAAGUAAACGUGUCGCUACAAAAGAAGAGGACGUUUAUCCACAAAAUUGCAAAGAUUUUUCAGGAAAGUCCUUCUAGCAGUCGAACUUUCAGGGCAAAUAAACCAGAGAGAAUAAAAUAUUAAACUGAAAUUAGUCACCGAGACUUAAACUUUAGUAUAAACUUUAAAUUAAAUAUUGGAAAUAGAGGUUUAAAUCUGUUUUGUUUUGUUCUGUUUGACACUAAAAUGGAAUAAUGAAACAAAAAACUGUUUUCCCAUUUUAUUGUUUUUCAUUCUUAAUUGAAAUUCUAAAGAACGAAUGGUACACGGAACAACUACAACCAGUAAAAAGUCAAUUUCUUUGCCCAAUCAGGAUAUCGGCAAAUUUCUAAGUAUCGUUACAUCUCUGAUUUUGGAAACGAGCAUUUACAGGCUUCCCUCCAGAAAAGUUACACAGUGCAUCUUUAAAGUAAACACAUCCAAACUUACUACUACAUGAGUGAAUGAAAUAACACCCCUUCAGCAAAUUUAACAUACACUUUUUGUUGCGUGGUUAAUACAUUUUGUCACCAAUGAAAAUCCAUAUGGACAUUCCCUUUACGUUACAUAUUUGAGUGUAUUUUUGUAUUCUCUCGUCUCACGUCUCAGCUGCGGGCAGACUGACAUUAAACCACACCGUGUCUUUAGCACAUUCCAGCUCCCAUCUCCUCCUCUGCACGGCCGAGUGUGUGUUCUCAUCUGUACGGACGUUUUAUGAAACAAAAAAUGCAACCUGUAUCGAUCUGGGGCUGAGCAUCGGAAGAAGCAGUUUUGAGGUGUUACGAUGAAUGUGUGGGGACUUUAAAUAUAUUUGUACAACUUAUUAGCAAGCAUUGAACACAAAUAAUACAUCUUAAAGUGCAUAUGACAGAUUAGAUGACUCUACUCAUUAAAACCCAGUUAGCAUGGUUAUAUUCAGGGUUCCCACGGUCAUGGAAAUCCUGGAAAAGUCAUGGAAUUUUUGUAUCUUUUUCACACAGCUACAAUGUUCUGUUAAGUUAUCAUUAGGCUAUUAUGAUUAUUUCCAAAUUUUUGUUUAAAAGAGACGACAAUAAAUGCACUGACAGUAUUUUGAAUGUUAAAAAACUAUAAUACCAAACCAUAAGGUGAGUGGAAAGAGUUAAUAUUUCAUAUUUAGCUCAAUUCUACACAUGUAGGUGCCGUAAAGUCAUGGAAAAGUUUUGAAAUUUUGAAAAAGAGUGGGAACCCUGGAUAUUUCAAAUUUUACUAAAUAUAUAUAUAUAUUUUUUAUAUAAUUAUAGUUUAAAAUUGUACUCUCUGGUUGAAUGAACAGACUGUAUAAAGAAGUGGACGUAGGGAGGGCGACGUCUCCCAUACCAUUCAGCUCCAGUCAAAUGAAGCUCAUUGAGGCUUGCGGUCAAAGGGGCGAAUUUAAAGCUGGCUUCCAUUUUAGGAAUUGGAAUUUACUGAUGGACAAAGAAAAACUCCAGGAACAUUUUAAGACCGAAAUGACAAUGCGCACUCACAGUUAUAGAGAGAGGGGCCACGAUUUUUCCAAUGUAAAGUCAAUCGGAGCCAGAAGUACCCCUCAUGCUCACUUCCUGUUCCCGAGGCAUUUCCACAACUCUAACCUAGCAGUAGUGUUGUAGUCAAGACCUCACUAAACCAGACCAAGACCUGUCCGAGACCACAGGGUCCCGAUACCAGGACAUGACCAAGACCUCUGAGGGUUGAGACUGAGACGAGACCCAGACUUUUAAAGGCAGAGACCGAGAAAAGAUCGAGACCAAUUCGAUACCACCUUUGUCAUUUCCUACAUUUAUUUGUAUUUUACACUUAUUUUGGGACAUAUAUAUCAAUGUUUCUGUAAUGAUAAAUCUAUUUCCCUUUGAUCUGAUUAAUGUUCAUUUAAGCUUAAAAUAGGCCAAGCAACUUUGAGAACCCCUUUUUUAAUAGUAUUUCUAAAAGGGGGGUCUUUUUAAAAUCGGUACCUAAAGAUGCCUGUACCUCACAGCCUUAACUAGGUUGCAUGCUCCAGUUGAACCACUCCUUGGGCUUGUGUACAGCUGUGUCUCAUUUUCGUGCAUGCACUACUGACUGCAUACAGCAGGGGGCAAGUUUUUUUUUUUUAUAUAAAGUGUCUAUUAAUCCCACUUCCACUGGAACUUUACAGAAAACAACUUCAAAGUGAAUCAAGUGGGUUCAUAACAUUUACAGUUACAUUAUCUUACAGGUUUUGCAGAGAUAUUGAGCAGCCUCUGAACAUUUACCGUCCGUAGUGAAAUAUGAUCGCACUAGUCAAGUGUCAGACCCUGAAUCCGAGACAAGACCAAGUCAACGCGCCUUCAAGACCGAGACGAGACCAAGACUGUAAAAAAGCGGACCAAUCUCGAGUACUACGACACAACCUAGCAACACUAAUACAGUAUUAGCCAAAACUAAAUCCAAAUUGCACAGUUUAGUAUGACGGUAACUUUAGUAACAAUUGGCAUGCUACCAACACACUUCCUGUCCUAUUCUUUUCAAUACUUUAUAACAGAACACAGACAGAACAGAGCCGUUUCAUUAUUAAGAGCUGCGUUUACAACAUAUCUGUACUGGGACAAGACCUGAGAUUUUAUAUAAAUGGCCACAUUCCAGACAGGAAACGUACAUGGUAGUGCUUCUGGCUCCAUUGACUCUGGCUCCAAUUCACUUUGUAUUGAAAAACAUUGCCCACCUAUUCUCAACGGCUGCUGUCAGGCUCCUCAGUUUGGCCUUAAAAUGUUCGUAUGAAGCCACCCUACAUGAUCCUGGGAUUUUUAUUUUUGCUAUUUUGUUUUGGGUAUUUUGCUCACAUCAAAAAACACCAAACCAAAGUAAAACAAAAAAAAUCGGUCAUAUGUACUUUAAGUGAUCUGAGAUGUUUUUAAUUUGUGAUGAUGGUCUUGGUUUUGCUGCUAAAAUAUGAAUAGAAAAAAAUUAUACAGAGGUGAUGCCCAGCCCUGUGAGACCAAAUGUUUUUAUAAAGUUUUUAAUGCAAAGUAUAAAACUGGACAGAAAUGGCUCUGUGUCUAGCUAGAUGUGAUUUAUCUGUAUUUGUCUAGUGUAAAUGUUCUUUAUAGAGGAGUCCAGUCUGGUCCUACAGCGCAUUCCAGUAAUUUAUCAUAGUUCUUGAUCUGUCCGUGAUUUAAAUGAAGCAGUGGCAAAAUCUGUUAGCAAGUAGAAAUUUAAAAAAAUGACAUUCUGGGUGAGUUUUGACAAGGAAAUAUCAGAAAAUGCAGUGAUAACAAUAACCUAUCUGGAUUCCAGGCUACAGUGGAAAGACUUUUUAGAGCUAUUCUGUCCGUCUUUAUACUUUGCGUACUCCACAUUGGUAAAAUAUCACACUUGAAAACGAUUUGCGUGACGUCUCAGAUGAGUAUUUCCGAUCAGAUGACGGUAACAGUGAUGAGUGGAGUCUACUGUAUGGGUCUGUGCUGUUGUCUUGAUGCUCCAGCGGUGCCUGGUUCACCCAAAACCUGUUACACUUUUUCAAUAAAAACUUCAGUUCACAAACA